CGACGCUCUUUUCUGCACCACCCGAGUCGCUGUCUCAGCAACUCAUUAAUACUGCAGAGUUCGUCCCAUCGCUCGAAUCUGGGAUUCCAGCACCAACGUCAUCGCCCUCAGCUAGGUAGCGAUUGCGCAGCCUACCGACCGCCCUCCACACCCUCACCGCACCUCACCUCACCCACCACCGAGUCCAUGAGUAAUCCCGCCUCGACUUCGCAAACUCCGCCGAUCGCCGCUUCCUCGUCUGCGACCGCGAACAGCUCCUCUACAGGAUCGUCCGCCACCGUGGCCGCCGGUUCGGCUCAACCCACUGCCCGCAGCUCGUACGCCAACGCGACCAAACCCACGAUCGUGUCUAGCGCAGCGCCGCCCGUGGCAGUGGGAGGACCGCAGAAUGCGCAGCAUGGCAAGAGCUCCUCUGUCUCCCCGGUGAAUGGCAACGGCGCCCUCAAGCCUGCUAUUCCCGUCAUGCCCACCAUCGUCAGCGGUGGUCCCAACGGCAGCGCCCACGAGCGCAAGUCGUCUGUCCAGAUCAAGCAGACCCCGCCUGUUGCGACUGCAGGCGGCCCGCCCUCUGGUAUCAAGUUUGGAUCGCUUGCCGGCUCACCAGCGCCUGCCCACGCCUCGCCCGUAGUCCAGGGAAACCUGAACCCGGCGCAGGUGCAGAACCCACGCGUCGCCUCACCCGCUCAUUCACCGUCGCCCAUUCCUACGCCUAUCUCGGGAGGCCCCAAGCCUGACGGACUGCCCACUAGGCCAAACAUUGUGUUCGGUGGCCAGGGCGGUGAAAGCACUGAGCCUAACGCACGCCCUGCCAUGCCCCCUCAACCCAACUCCCAUACAAUGCCUCAGCACAUGCGUCGCGAGUCCUCCCAGUCAGCGCACAGCGACAUGAGCAACGCGAACAUGGGCCGCGGCGGCUCGUACUCCAACCGAGGCGGCCGCGGUGGGUUCCCUCCCCAAGGUCAAUACAACCCGCACAUGGCAAACCAUUCGCCACAGCCGUUCCGCCCCAUGCCUCAGAUGGGCCGCGGCCAGGCUGCGCCAUUCCACCCUCCUGGCCCGCAGCGCUCUCCCUACACCCAGAACCGUAGCCCCGCUAUGACACCUGCUACUAUGCAUCAGCAGCAGCACCUCGCUAAUCCUCAGAGCAUGCCAUACUACCCGGGACAACAGUAUCCUCAACAGGCCAUCUACGGAGGCAUGCCCCAGCCAGGCUUAGACCCGUACAACAACUUCUACCCGCAGAGCUACGGACUUCAGCAGUCUAUCCACUACCCAGGUGUCCCCGCCAGCCCAGGUCGUGGCUUUCCUCCCCAGAUGCAGCCGUCUCCCUACGGCGUUGCUCCUUACGGUCACCAGCCACAGGCUCAGAGCAUGUCGCGUACUCCCUCCAACAUGUCGGAGCGCCCGUCAUCAGCCGUUCCUCAGCCUUCCACACCUGCGAUGACCAACGUCAAUCACAUUUCGCACACGCAUACUCCUAGCAUGACGUCGGCAAGCCCCGCACCUAGCUCCACCUUUGAACGUCCGAAGAGGCAAAGCAAGGCUAUCCAGAUUAAGACUGUUGAUGGUGAAGUUGUCGACUUCAAGCCCAAGGGCGCCUCGCCCGCCCCGCCUGCUGUAGCAUCUGCUGCACCUGCUGCCCCUCGUUCUCCCGCCAUUGCUGCCACACCCACUCCUCCGCGCGCACCGAGCGCCACCGACUCUACUCGUGCUGAAGAUACUGCUUCUAAAAAGGCCGAAUUUGUCAAGCAGUUCCAGGAGAAGCUUCGUCUCCAAGAGGAAGCCGAGAAGAAGGCCAAGGAAGCUACAGAGGAAGAAGCCAACGCCGAAGCCAACGCAAAGCUUGCUGCUAAGGAAGAGGCGGACGCUAAAGCUGCUCUUGAAGCCAAGGAGAAGGAGGAUGCUGAAGCUGCCAAGAAGGCUGAGACUGACGAGGCUGAGAAGAAGCGCAUCGAAGACGAAGAGAUGGAGCGCAUGAUUGCUGAGAUGGAGGCAGAAGAGAAGAAGCGCGAAGAAGAUGAGAAGCGUUACGCCGAGGAGAAGGCGAAGAAGGCUGAGGCUGAGAAGGCCAACGCUGCCGAGAAGGUCAAGCAGGAAGAAGAGCGUCUGCGCAAGCUAGAGCGCGAAGCCGAAGAGGCUGAAGCCGCUCGCGCGGCAGAGACUCCUGAGCAAAAGGCUGAACGCGAGGCCAAGGACAAAGCUCUCUUCGCAAGCCUGAAGAAGAACACCAUGUUCGGUCCUGGUGCCUCCCAGACUGAGGAAGAGGCGGCUCCCGCUGAAUCUGCAGCUCCUGUCGUCGCACCUGCACCUUCCAAGACUCCCACUGGCUCCAAGCCCAAGCCAGCUGCUCUCAAGCUCGAGACGAACAAGUCCGUCGAGCCAGCACAGCCGACUGCUGGUAUGCAGGCGCUCAAGACUGCGCGUUUCCUCGAAGUUCGUGCUGAGGUCAUGUAUCCUCAAGGCGUAGCCAGCCCGAAUCCGGCUCUCAACAACAGUAACCGAAGCAAGGGUCGCCAGUACGACAAGGACUUCCUCUUGCAAUUCCAGGAUGUCUUCAAGGAGAAGCCAUCUGUUGACUGGGACAUGAAGCUCAAGGAGACAGUCGGUGAUGAGCCCCAAUCGGCUCGCGGUCCCCCUUCUGCUCGUCCCGGUUCUAUGCAUCUGGGCGCCGGUGGACGUCAAGGUUCUCGCCCUGGCGGAGGCGGUGGCGGCGGAAUGGGUACCUUUGGGCAAGGUGGUGGAUUCCAGCCAGGCGGCCGCACACUCCCGGCAGGUACGACAUCCGAACAGCGUUUCCAGCAAUCCCAAGGCGGACGCGGUGGCUCUAUGACGAAUCCUCUUGCUCAUGUCGUUCUAGGUGGAGGUCGUGGUGGUUUCCCCAUGGGCGGUAGCAUGGGAGGACGUCAAAGCUCCUACCAAAGCUCGCAUGGACCCCAGUCCCCUCGCGUUAACAGCCGCAAGGGCGGCAGCCAAAGCAGCCGUCCCGGUGGUCGCCCCGGCAACGCUCAAGACGCCAAGCAAAUGCCAUUGACCGCCGGCCAGGAAGUCAAGGCACUUCAACGCUCGCAAACUGGUUGGGUUCCUACGUCUCUUACUCAGCCUGCUGCUGUCCAGGCUCAAAUGAGCGCGGGCCACUUGGCUCCCGACAUGGUACAGCGUAAGGUCAAGGCCGCUCUCAACAAGAUGACACCCGACAAGUUCGACAAGAUCUCCGAUCAAAUCCUUGAGAUCGCUGGACAGUCCAAGGAUGAGACUGACGGACGCACUCUUCGCCAGGUCAUUCAGCUCACCUUCGAGAAGGCUUGUGACGAGUCUCAUUGGUCGUCCAUGUACGCCAAGUUCUGCAGCCGCAUGUUGCAGACUAUGAGCACCGAGAUCAAGGAUGAGAAUGUCCGCGACAAGCACGGUGCGCCAGUUGUCGGUGGUGCUCUCUUCCGUAAGUACCUCCUCAACCGCUGUCAAGAGGAGUUUGAGCGUGGUUGGGAAGUCAACCUGCCCGAAGCGCCUGAAGGCGAGAAGGAGGCGAAGCUUCUGUCGGACGAGUACUACGUUGCCGCCGCAGCCAAGCGUAAGGGUCUCGGUCUUAUUCAGUUCAUCGGAGAGCUAUAUAAGCUAGGCAUGUUGACUCUACGCAUUAUGCACGAGUGUGUGCUCAAGCUUCUCGACUUUGAGGGUCUUCCCGACGAGGCCGCUAUUGAGAGUUUGGUCAAGCUGCUCCGCACUGUAGGUGCCACGAUGGAGUCCGCCGAGGCUGGCCCCAAGAUGAUCAACAUGUACUUCGAGCGUAUCGAGAAGGUCAUGAACAUGGAGGGUCUUCCUUCGCGUAUGCACUUCAUGUUGCUCGACACCGUCGACAUGCGCAAGUCCGGCUGGAAGUCCAAGGACAUCCUCAAGGGCCCCAAGACCAUUGCCGAGAUUCAUCAAGAAGCCAUGGCAGCCCAGCAGGCCGCCGAGAUGGAGCGCACACGAUCAAAUCAACGCGGUGGUGGUGGCCGUCUUCCUAUGGGCCGCGGCGACGCUCGCUCGUUCUCAGGUGGUGGCAUGCAGCCUCCUCCAGACACUGGCAGCCGUGUCCAAAUGGACGAUCUCCGCAAGCUGUCCAAGGGUGCUUCUGGACGCAAUCUCAACAAUGCUGGAGCUCUCGGCCCGUCCAUGCUUGGUAACCGCACCGGCAGCCGCCGUGGCCUCGGUCCCAGCAUGAUGGGUAGUCGUGAAGACUCCAACGCCUCUUCGCGCAACGGCACACCACCAGUCCAAAAGGAGAAGGAGGCCACUGCUCAUGCAAACGCUUUCAGUGCACUUGCUGCUCUUAGCAACGAAGACGCCGGCGAGGCUGGCUCCACUUCCAACGCCGCAGAUGAGUCUGCUGCCGACACGGAGGCCAAGCCUUCCGAGUGAUUACCUUUCCUUUCGAGCGCGUGACGGUUAUACCCAUAGACCACACCGCACGCGGUAAUCUAAUCGCCUGUUUCGUUGCAUAGAAGGGGGCAUCAGCGCGCGCAUUGUUCUGCAUUUCGCGGGGUUUCAUUACUGCGACUCUCAAGACUGGUGGAUUUCAAAAGUUUCCUUGUUGUCUGACGGCCGGUCUCACGAAAUGGGUUUGGGUGUUCAAACCAUUGGUCGGAUCAAGCCCCGACGACUCUUUCAUGCGCAUGCUUCAUGACGGCGUUCCG